UGGUUGGUUUUUUGUUUGUUGAUGUGUUUACCAUUGGAGGCCUCACAGAUUAGAACUGUAGUAGGUUGGUGAAAUAUGUGUUCUGCUGGGUCUUCAUUAAAAGCAAGGGUUCAUAUUUGUGCUUUCUCGUUUCCCAGCUGUGCUUUGUGUGUUUGUAUACAAAGCUGUUUUUGCUGUGACAGUGCCUCAUAGGCUGUGGGUGAAUCCCUCAGUCCUCAGGUAUGAGCAGUGUCACAUCCUGCAAUUUUAAUUGCUGUGCUCUGUCCUGUCAGAUCAUUAUACCUGAGGUUUGCAAGUUGUUUUACAUUCCUCCUCGUAAUCAUGUGUUUGCCUGCUGGCUGGCUGUCAGCACUGCUGUGCCUCUCCAGGUGGCUGGAGAAGCAUUUGAUUGAUUUAUCCUAGCUGUCUGCUACAGUCUGCUGUGUCUCAGAGACCUUCUGAAAAGUGGUGGGGGUGUAGGAAGACUGGCUCUCUUGAAGAAUUUUUGAAACAAACACUCCAGAUGCUAUGUCCUCUGGGGCUGUCUUGAAAUGGUAAAAUUAAUUGUAAGCUAGGCAGUCUUCACAUUUGAAACAUCAGACAGUGAGUGAAGAGUUACUCUCUCUAAUACUGCUCCUUUUUGUCUUUCCUGUAUGAAAGAUUGCUUUUUCUGCUCUUGUUACCUUGAGAACUGUGAAUACUUAGUAAGAUUCCUAAGUGCUAGAACAUGUAAAAGGUUUCUCUUUGUUUCUAACUUUGCCUUUUCUCUCGCCAGGUGUUGUAGGUGUUUGGCUCAACACCUUUUCUUGCUUUCUGUUUUUUUUUUUAGACAAGGUGCUCCUGAUCAACCAGAUCGUUCAGAAAUUUUUAGAAAAGAAACCUCGGUGGGUAAAAGAUGUGCCAUGGAAUGGUAGCAUCAAAGAGCAACACAGGAUCUUCUCUUGCCUUGACUGGCCAUGGGUUAUUUCGUCUGCUAGUUAUCUUUGGUUCCUUUAUCUUGGAAGCACAGUCCACAGGUUGGCUAAGCAAAUCCAAAGGACCUGCAUAUUGUCCCCAGCCACCACAACCUGAGAAUGGAGGCUAUAAAUGCCACCCUAGCCCCUGCAGCAACCCUCUGACUUCAGGCAGUGUCAUAGAGUAUCUGUGUGUUGAAGGCUACAUGCUGAAAGGAGAUUAUAAAUAUUUGACCUGCAAGAAUGGAGAGUGGAACCCAGCCAUGGAAGUCAGCUGCAGGCUCAGCCCUGAAAAGGACUCUCCUCCGACAAUUGGAGUGCCCACGCUGUCCAUAGUAGCCUCCACAGCGAGCUCUGUCGCCCUGAUUCUGCUGUUAGUUGUGCUGUUUGUUUUGCUGCAGCCUAAGCUGAAGUCGUUCCAUCAUAGCAGGCGAGACCAAGGUGUGUCUGGAGAUCAGGUCUCUAUUAUGGUGGAUGGUGUCCAAGUGGCCUUGCCAUCCUAUGAAGAAGCAGUAUAUGGCAGCACAGGGAAUUGCAUUCCACCCUCGGACUCCCGAGUGCAGAUCGUGCUCUCAGAGGGAGCUGGACAGAAUGGACCCAGAGAGAUGCAGCAGCCAGACCAAGGGGCUCACAGUACCUUUGAAAGAGAAGAUGAAGCCCCUGGACAUUCUGGACUGUGUGAAGCCAGUGGCUCUCAGCGCUCUGAAACUGUUCUUGUGCAUCAGGCUGCUACCUCUUCCUGGGUAGCUGGCAUGGCUAGCAGUAGACCUGUACACAAAGAGGUCCAGGAUUCAGAAAGCAGUGACAUACAGAGCCUUUUAUCACUCACUUCCUCUGAGGAAUACACAGAUGAUAUUCCAUUAUUGAAGGAAGCAUGAGGUCUGCUGUGUUUGUCUAGUCUUCUCCAUCUUGGAUUUCUUCCUUCUCCCUUCUCCCUGCCUUUGGGACAGAAGCACUCUGUGCAGUCUUCCCCAUCCUCGCAAGCUGUACCCUGGAUACCUCUAAGAAGAGAUGCCCUCAGCUGAAGAUCCAAAGGAUGUUGCCAGGUUGCCUCCUGGAUGCACCAGUGGAGUUGGUGCAGCGCUGGCUUCCCCAUUCCAUCAGCAUCAGGGGCUCAAGGAACAGAGUGGAUUUGAGCUCUCCUCUCCUCUUCCCCAGCCGGAUGUUUGACAGCAGCUCUGAAGAGCUGCUCUUUCUUGUGCCUUUCUCCUCCUCACACUGGCUUGUUGCAGCUUAUCAGCCUUUCUAGCCCUUCUGCUGCCCAGAGAGCAGGGGCUAAACCCGCUUGCUCGCUGGGUGCAGACACAGUUUAAAUAUACAUACAUAUAUGUUAUAUAGGCUCUUCUUCCAGCAGCAUCCUCUUUGUGAUAGGGCAGGGCAAAAUGCCUCACUGGGACUGAGAUUGGGUUUGGGAGGGAUCGCAGUGAAGGGGCAGCUGGUGAUGUGUAGAAGCGCCUCAGACGAGAUGGGCUGUGUGACAGCUUAGCUGUGCAGGAACAGUUCACUGAGAAUUGCUUAAGCACUGAAGGCUGAGAAAUCCAACAUAUAGGAAUGCCCUCUGUCCCAUCUCUGCAGGAGUCCAUUCCCGAAAAUCACUUUUGUCUCCUCCUUCUUCCUCUACCAGUGCAGCCCACUGGAAGAGGUUCAGGUGUUUGAAAAUACCAACACAAAAAAACGCCUGUAGGUAGUGAAUUCCUAGUGCCAUUGGUGCAAUCCCAAAUUCCCUUUCCAGCCACAGUAGGUACUUGAAUCCUGGGUAGCUGCCAUCUCAUAGGCUGGUGUGUCUUCCUAGCUUCAUACAGCAAAGGGUCUGCUGUUUUAACCUGGUGGGCUCCAGCAGGCCCAUAGAGAAGGGCUCCUCCCUUGUGGCUGGGGGUAAGCAGCAUUUGUAAAGCUUCUCCUAAACACAGUGCCAGCCUGUUGCUGUGAGGGAAAGUCGAGUACACUGACAGCAGUGCUAGAGGACACCACAGCUGAGUCCUGAAGUUUUGAGGAUUGUUUCAAGUUCUGGUAGUAGGGAAGAGAAAAUUCAGAAAUAUGUGUACCUCUGCCUGCCACAGUUACCUGUCUGUGUUGGGACUCUAUUACUGCAGGAAGCCACAUUUGCCUUGAGUAUGUGGUCCAGUCCAAGUGCUGUGGUUGUUGUAAGGUUCCUCACUGAGGACUGGACACUGUUCCAUGAGAUUGGUUUCAGCAAGAGUUGGCUUCUUAGAUGCAUGUACCUUGUCAUAACUGUCUUGAAGUAACCAGGGAAGUGUUUGCCCUGUGAGAAGCUGCUACAUUUUUGAGUUGAAGGAGCAAAAUGUCAUGGCCUUACACAUCAUGUGGUAAUGUACAGGUAAACAGGGAUGCUGUCUUUGCUGCUUUGCUUUUGAUUUACGAUCCUCAUCAUCCUCAUCCUUGUUGCUACAGUAAAAAACAUUACAGCACUUGACAAAAAUCAUAAAACAUCUUUACAUAUAAAAUAGCUGUGGCUUAG